AGUUGAGCUGUCUUUAACAGAGAGUGAGCUGGGGGGAGGGCUUGAAUGCGUUAGAUCAUGAGGCCUCCUUUAAAGGGGAAAUGAUGUCAGCAGGCCAGUAUCUCUGUACGUUUGAUAGUCGUUAGAUUCAUAUUACUUAGUCUCUUAGCACGUUCAAGAGGGCUUGGCUGUGAUGUAGCAAAAUUUCCAAGCUUGCCUGAUGUGACUCAAGAAAGUUAGAAGCAGGAUUCUUCCUCUAACUAGGCUCAGCUUCAUAAAGUUUUUCACUCCUGAGUAGAGUGUGUGGAGGGUGUCUUCUCACAGCUGUUGUUCAUUUCACUGUCUAAAAGCCCCUCAUGCUGAGAAGCAUGAGGUUUCUGGAGAGGGCAUCUUAGCAAUAACACAAUCUUGGCAGUGGUGCUGUGGAAGCACUCUGCUCUAGUGUCUGGUUAUCGUUACAGUGUGACGCUGCUUGCUAACAGUUGGACACAAAAAAAAAACAGAAACCCUAGCGGCACGGGAAGGCCAGUGAGGAAAAGCCCCCCCUUCUCAAGGAAGUCUGCACCGUACCACAGAGCUCUGUCCAGAGACAGUCGGCUCCAACAGCCUCUGUCUCCUCCUCCACAUUCCUGAUGUCCCUCCCUCUCCUGCCUGUGUUCCUGGAGGCAGAUAUGCAGCUGCUCUCUGGGGACUAGAAGAUGAAGACCAGCUGUUUUUCCCUCAGAAAGCUGGGGCCUUGUUUCUAUGUGGUCUGUGGGCUCUGUGUGGCACUUGUCCUGUUCUACCUCUGCGUCAACUUGUGGCCAUGUGCCCCCUGGGACAUGGGUGACAGCUCCUGCUUUUAUCCAGCCAGGGCAAAAGUCAAAAGCAACAAUGACACUGUUUCAGAAAUGGAUCACAUUGCGGCCACAGACUGUAACUGCACAGAGUCUGCCAAGAUCGGAAGAGAGGGGCACCUGCUGAACAAUCUCCAGCACACCGCCAGCCAUCAGGCAGAACGGCCUCAGAAGAGCAUUAACCAAUCGGUUGUUUCAGCAUGGACUGGGACACAGAGCUCAUCCUUGCACUCCAGUAACGCCCACCAGACGCAGGCCCACGUUGGACAGCAGCCAGUCCAAGAUCAAGGUUCUAAACCACAAAAUGCAGACACCCCAAAAUUACAAAUGAAAGUACAGCCCAAGACACCAACUGAUCCACCAUUUAUUGGAGAUAAAUACACCAGGGAAGAUACAAUUCCACAAACAAACUGCUCAGUUAGUAUUCGAAGGAGGUUUCCAAAAACAAGUUUCAGGGAGAAGUACCUGGAGUGGGUCCCCGUCCUUCAGUGGAAGAAGCAUGGUACUGAGAAGGAGUACCACAGACUCAGCCAGUACAAUGGGGCGCAUGGUUGGAGUGUACUCUCGUUUAACACCCUGAAAGCAGCUCUGUCUCUCCUUAACACAACGGCCAAUCAGCGCAUGUUUGAUGACUGGGACAGCAGAUCUAACAAGGAUAAGUGUAUCCGUUGUGCUGUAGUGGGGAAUGGAGGGAUUCUGAAGGACUCCAAAAAAGGCAAGGAGAUUGACCAGCAUGACUAUGUCUUCAGGACGAACGGGGCUGUGAUCAAAGGCUUUGAGGAGGAUGUUGGAUCCAGAACUUCAUUCUACACUUUCUCCACAAACACAAUGCGCAACUCCAUGAGGAGCUACGCCCAUGUGGGCUACCAUGGGCCUCCCCUUUCUCAGGAGACCAGGUAUAUCUUCCUUCCGGAUCAUGACCGUGACUACAUCCUCCUGUUGGCUGCUGUGACCCACACACCCAUUGAGACAGGACCAGACCGCUCCAAGACCCCACCGACAUUCUUUGGAGAUCAUGUCACAGCAGAAAAGUUCAAAGUGUAUCACCCAGACUUCAUCCGCUACAUCAGGAACAGGUUCCUUCGUUCCAGAGCCUUAAAAACAAAUUACCGAGAUCUGUACCGCCCUUCCACGGGGGCUGUCAUGCUACUGGCUGCGGUGCACACCUGUGAUCAGGUGAGUGCCUAUGGCUUUAUGACUCCAGAUUACACGAAAUACUCAGAUCACUACUAUGACACUUCCUAUCACAAAGUGGUCUUCUACAUCAAUCAUGACCUGCAGCUGGAGAUGAACCUGUGGCAGCAGCUCCACAAAGAGGGCAUCAUCAAACUGUACAUGAGGCAGUGAGCACGCUCAGCCUGUUGCCACGGAAAUGCCCCAGGACGCCGGCUCUGUGCUGCGAUGGAGUAACUGGCUUGCUUAGUGUGCCCUCUUGGGCAAAAGAAGAAAAGUUAAGAAAUUCCCAGACAUGUUUUGCGAGUCCACCUAGAGACAUGUACACACCUUCAACUGAAUUUUUCCUGAUUAAAACCUUUGCAGUUUUGGCAGUUCUGGAUUUCAGACAACCACUAUGUUUUUAAAUAGCUGAAAAUCCUUCAGAAGGGGGUGGUGUAUGGAAACUGUUGUUAGAUUCCAACUGACAGUGUCUCAGAGCAGCUCUUGACUGGUAUUACUACAUGAAGAGAAGACGGUUCACUGAAUGAACUUCGAAAGCAGAUGUAUUUUUUGGACAUCCGGUUAUACUAACACCUGUUUUACUUUAUUGCAACACUUUUUUUUUACAAGUGGUUCUUGGGGAGUGAAGGGCAAAUUGAUCUUUUUUAAUAUGAAUUUCCCUCCACUUGUCUCUUCUAGUGCAAUUCAGAGGAUUUGCACUUUGUUGUCAUGAUUUUACACAUCACCAUACAGACAAGACUUACAGUCGCCCUUGCAACUGUGGCCUUGUAACGUACUACCCACAUUUUUGUAAUUGUGUCCAAUAAAUACUUUUUGCAUUUUGUUUUA